AGAUGACGUUUCCUUCCUUCCCCUCCCCACCACGCUCUUCUAUUUAUCUCCUUUCUCUCUUUCUUCCUCCAUAAGUAGUCCUCUUGAGGUUUGAUGCACCAUUUCAAUUCAAUUUCAAUACAUAAACGUCUUGUGUUGGGCAAAGGGUAUAGACAGAGAAGGAGAUGGGGAGGUCGCCGUGCUGCGAGAGCGAGCACAUGAACAAAGGGGCAUGGAGCAAGGAGGAAGACGAGCGCCUCGUCGCCUACAUCAGGCACCACGGCGAAGGCUGCUGGCGAUCCCUACCCAAAGCAGCCGGCCUGCUUCGCUGCGGCAAGAGCUGCCGCUUGAGGUGGAUCAACUACUUGAGGCCCGACUUGAAGCGUGGUAACUUCUCCGACGACGAGGACGAGCUCAUCAUCACCCUCCACAGCCUCCUCGGCAACAAAUGGUCGCUGAUAGCAGCACGGUUGCCGGGAAGGACAGACAACGAGAUAAAGAACUACUGGAACACCCACAUCAAAAGAAAGCUUCUCGCACGCGGGAUCGAUCCCCAAACCCACCGUCCUCUCGACUACAACGCUGCUGGUGCUGGUGCUGGUGCUGGAGCUGCUGCUACUCAUACUAUCUGUACUAACGCUAAUGACAGCAGCAAGAAGGCCAAGUCUCACUCGACAACUUGUGAAGAAUUAUCGUCAUCGUCAUCGUCACCGCCUCCCACAGUGAACAAAAGAUUGAAUUCAUUAGCCAGCGCAGUGGUGGCAGUGCGAGAAGAAGAAGAAUCGACUAAUAACAGCAUGAGCAGCGGCGUGACGACCACCACCACCGCAGAGGAAGUGCAACUCUUCAAUAACAAGAACGGAAUGAAUGUGGAUAAAGACAGAGAUGCAGAUGUAGACCUCGACCUUUCACUUUGCAUCUCCAUUCAUCGCCACCAGACCAUCAUCAGAAACAACAGCACCAGCAGCACAGCAAGUACCGAAUUACUAAGUAGUGCUACUCCUCCACCAGCUCACAAGCAUCAUGAGAUGUUCUUGAGUCUAGGGUUUCAUCCCAGCGCCCGACAUGCUGGCAGCGGCACUGGCUGCAGUGCAACCGCAGCCACAACUCUUGACUUGUUAAGCGACCCCUCUUCACACCCCAUCUCUAGAGCCUCUUCUUGCUGGUUGUGAUGUUAUGUAAUCUAGUCUUAGACUAUUGCUAAUUACAGUCCCCCUCCCUUCAAACCCUCGAAACCACUUUUUGUGGGAGAGAUACCACAGCUUAAUUUUGCUCAUUUGUUUCA